GAAACGCUAUACAUAGCUGUACUGCAAGCUAUACAUGUACUUAGUGUACACUACUAGCAGCUGCUAUGGAAUGUGUGGGAAUCAACUCAACCAGGAUACCCUAUCAAAGCACUAUCUGACACUCAGCCCCUAGUAGCGCAUGUACACAGCUUCAGUACUAAAGAACAACCAGUGUAGCUUGUGAUAAAGCUAUGAGAGUGCACUGUUGGCUAGCAGCCCUAGGACACCUAUUUUUGUUGAGUGGGACUCUUGGUCAGAAUGUGUCUACAACCGUGUCUACAACCGUGUCUACAACCGUGUCUACAACCGUAAUCCAAACACAGUCAACUCCACCACCACCCCCCACCACAAUAAUACCAACAACCAUUUUACAGCCCAUAUCCAAUGGAAGUCAGCCUACACCUACCAACUCCACUACACAAGAGCCCCCGUUUUUCAGUCCAUUAAUCUCAGGAUUGCUUCUGACCUCGAUGGUCGUAGGUGGAUCAGGAGUGAUAUUAAUUUGCGUGACGUUUGGGUGUGCUUGUAUACUUGGCCGUAGACGAAAGAAAAGAAGCAGGAAAUUCACAUUGAAAAUGAAACGAAAACCUGACGUGGAGAACCCUCACAGAAUGAGCUCCCUUGAUCCACAAGACAAAGACCCAAUACAACAAAGAGCACAUGCGCAGCCUAGCAACAGCACACACAAUAAUAUAGAAACAUCUCAGACAGUACGCACUACCGAUUAUUUCCAUAGAGACACAGCUGAAACACAAAACCCUUCCUCUACUAGCUAUCUCCUGCCAAACAAUUCAAAAACCAUUGAAAUAGAUGAAAUAGAAGAAAUAUACGACAGUAAUCCAUUAUCACCGAAUUCAGACGAAGAAGAAAAUAUCUACGACAAUGACACGGUAGAAAAAGAGCUGCUCGAAACAGCCAUUGCUUAUACAACAACAGGGGAAGAUGAAGUGUACGACGACGAAAAUAUAUAUGACAAUGACACACCAGAUGGGGAGAUUAUUAUUGAAAAUACAAACACAGCUGGAGAUAACUACGAAGACGAAGAUAUUUACGAUAAUGAAAUACCUGAUGAUGAUUAUUCUAAAGCAUCAGCCAUUCCAAUUAGACCUAGAGCACAAACACACUACGAAUCGGUUAAUCAAUGGGUCCCGCAGAUAGGGAGGGAGAGAAAGAAGAGUGACAUUCCACACAGUUCUGUCAAUGAGGGUACUCAAAACAACGGCAACUCCUCCCCUCCGCUAGAAGACGAUGAUGGCUAUGUAGACGUAGUUCCUCCAUUGCAAUCAUCUCCAUUGCAAUCACCUCCAUUGCAAUCCCCUCAAUCGCAGUGGACGGGAUUGCAAUUCCCUCCAUCGAAAUACCCUCCAUUGCAAUCCCCACUUGAUGAAGAUGAGAAUAUUUAUGACAAUGAUUACUAAGCCUUAGACAUAAUUAUAGCUAGCUUUGCACAUAAUUAUUAUGUAGAUAAACGUACACACCAUAUUGCAUAAUUAUAUUGUGUAAUUGUGGGCAUCUUUUUAUACACAAAUUUUUUUUUAUCAAGUUAUAAUUUAUAAGCAAGAUGUAUGUAUGUAUGUACGUUCGUUUAUACCUGG